UGGAGGAUCAUAAAGGAAAGAGAGACAGGAGGAGGAGGAGGAGGAGAGGACCAGAAAUCGUGGUGGUAAGGGGCUGCCUCCGUCCUUGCAAGCGGCUCCCAAGCUGCAAGCAGGAACCGAGCUGCCUCCAUUGCAGAUCGCCAGCUCUCUCUUUUUUUUGGGGGGGGGGGGAGUCCCCCUCCCUGUCACAAAAGGCUGGUGGGGUUCUCGCGCCUCCACGAAACGGCCUCUAAUAAAGAUCGCGAGCCACGCAGGGACUUUCUCAUUGUUUGAAUUGUUCGGAUCGGCACCCCAGAGCAGAUUUAUAUUCAGCACCCCCGGCUCGGGAUCUGCAAGAUCGUCUCCUUUUUCUACCCCCACCCCUCGCUCCUGAACCGGACAAAUCAGGAGCCAGUGGCUUGCUAGGACCUGGCUUGGCAUCGGAUCAUGGAGGAUGCAUGGCUAGUUGCAGAUCCGAAGCAGGAGCCCGUUUACAGGGAAGCUCACAAGGAGACCUGCGACAGUCUGGUGGCACUGAGACCUGCAAGUCCCAAACCCAAUGAGAUUUUCCUGGUGGAAGAAGACGAGGAACCUUGUGUCCCGGCAUCUAUUAAUAGGGAGAAUGCCAGGAGAGCCACCUUAGUCGAGGGACUGGGCAGUGAAGAGGAGGAGGAGAGCGACGAGGAAGAUGUCCAGCAGCACGACAGCCCUGCGGUGGUGCAGCUGGAGGCCGGGAACUGCCAGAGCCUGCACUGGAGGGUGGUGCAGCAAGUGGGUGGCGGCAAGGUGCUGGCGCGGGAGGGGCCUCCCCUCAUGGUCCUGCAGAAGGGCUACGAGUGCGAGGACUGCGGCAAGGUGUUCAGCUGCAGCUCGCACUACAGCAAGCACCGGCGGACGCACACGGGCGAGCGCCCCUUCCGCUGCGGCGACUGCGGCAAGAGCUUCAACGUCAGCUCCAACCUCUACCGGCACCAGCGGGCGCACGCCAACGCCGGCGCCAAGCCGGUGGCCCCCGCGCCUUCCCUGAUGCCCAGCCGUGGGUUGCCCUACCAGUGCGCCGAGUGCGGGCGCUGCUUCCGCCGCAACACGGAGCUGGUGACUCACCAGCGCCUGCACACCGGGCGCCUGCCCUUCCAGUGCGGCGACUGCGGCAAGAGCUUCUCAUGGAGCUCCCACUUCGCCCGGCACCUGCGCAUCCACACCGGCGAGAAGCCCUACCCGUGUGAUGAGUGCGGCAAGCGCUUCAGCCGCAGCUCGCACCUCUACCGGCACCAGCGCACGCACGGCACCAGCGCGGCGGCCAGCGUCACCCGCGCCUACAUCUGCACCUACUGCGGGCGCAGCUUCAGCACCACGCUGCACUUUGACCAGCACCAGCGCACACACCGCGGGCGCAAGCCCUACAAGUGUACCCUGUGCGGCAAGGCCUUUGCCGACGGGCUGGCUCUGGUGAAGCACCAGCGCUUGCACCUGAUGGGCGGGGACCAGAGCCACCAGUGCGCUGAGUGCGGGCAGAGCUUCGGCGGGCGCUCGCAGCUGGCCCGCCACCGCCGGCUGCAUGGCACCGCUGAACAGCCCUACGGCUGCGGGGAGUGCGGGCAGAGCUUUGGCACGCGGGGCCAGCUGGCUCAGCACCGCCGGCUGCACCUGUCGGCCGACAAGCCCUACCGCUGCGGCGAGUGCGGGCUGAGCUUCACCUGGAGCUCCCACUGGGAGAGGCACCGGCGCAUCCACACGGGCGAGAGGCCCUACUCCUGCGCGGACUGCGGCAAGCGCUUCGGGCGCACCUCCCACCUCUACCGACACCAGCGCACCCACGCCGGCGGGCAGCCCCACGUCUGCCCAGACUGCGGCAAGAGCUUCAACAGCACCUUGCACUUCCAGAGGCACCAGCACGCCCACCACCUCGAACCGGACGACGGCCCGCUCCCCGGCCGGGCCUGCGGGGACUGCAGGAAGCCCUGUGCCGUCUCCACCUCCUCCUCUCUGCUCAAGAACCAACACGCGCAUGCGGGCGAGAGGCCGUACCCCUGCCCCCAGUGCGGGCGCCGCUUCCGUGACACCGAACAUCUCUACCGCCACCUCCGCAGCCAUGCCCACCGGGCAGGGGAGACUGUGCUCAUGCCGCCUUCUACACAGCAUAAGGAGCUAGUGCCAUGCUAAGGCGCUGAGGCUGGUUCGCCCGGCCAUGGGAGCCCUAGGCUUUGUGCUGGGGGGUUGGAUGGGGGCCCUGCGCUUGGCCGGCGGACCUUCAGUGCUCCCCACCAGGAUUCCCCAGGUGUUGUUUCCCUAGGUGUAAAGGCCCAGUCCAAAAUCCAUUGGUAGGGGCGGGUGCGCUUUGCGUUCUGGAGGUACGAAGGAAGUAAAAUGGGGCCGUAUCCCGUUCACUCGUUCUGUUACCAGUAGGGUUUGGGCAGCAUUCUCCCUUUCCCUGCCACUGCGCACCCCUUCCCAGGUCAGCGGGGUGGGGUACAAAUAAUAAAUUGAUUAUUAUUAUUCUUCCCAAAUUUCUCCGGAGAGUUGGGAGAAUCUCCAAAGCAAUUUUAGGGGUGUCUGCGAGGAGAGGAAGAGAACAUUACUUUGCGCAAGCGAAAAUCCAUGCAUUGAUGGAGCAAUCGUGCAGUGCUACUUUGGAAUCAACCCAUGGCGUCCCUACUGGACCGAUUGGGGUCAGCAUAAGCAUAGGUGGAGUUUCAGGUCCCACUGAUCUUUUCAUCAGGCGCACACUCUGCCUGAGAUAACGUUCUGUCCAAUGCAGAAGCUGCCUUGCACCCACCUGACCUUGCCCGGUACGUUCCUCACCCGCCACCGCGGCCUUGCAGCUGCUCUCCUUUGAGUUCAAGGUGGCUGCCGUUGGCUUCUCCAUUCCUGAGGGUUGGCUGGGCACCCCAGUGUGAUUUGUGCUUCAAGUAGCGCACACUGUCCUUGCAGGAGAGGAAAGGGCCGCUGGAGAUGGUCUGGGCGCAUCUGCAUGCCAGGCCAAAGGCACAGUCAUAGCACCACAAAAGAAAGGAAGGCAAUUCUUCACCAGAACAAAUCGCGGAAAUCACACACGACUUGCAAAGCCAAUUCUGCGACUGCACAAUAUUCAGGUUUUUUUUUUUAUUUCCAAGAGUGUCUGUGGCGAGGAUUUGGAGAGCCGUUGGACCAGGCCUAGCCAAAGCAGGAAGAGGAGGGUGGGAGCCAGCACCACAGGAAGUCACAUAAGGCAGGGAUGGAUGGCCUUCCAGGUGAUGUUGGACUCCAACUCCCAGCAUCCCUCACUGCUGGCCCUGCUGGCUGGGGCUGAUGGGAAUUGGUGUGCCAGAACAUCCAGAAGACCUCAAUAGGAAGAUCACAAGAGUCCCAUUUCUGUGGUACAGACGGCUUAAAGCUGUGACACCCACAUACACCAGAUGAUGUUGGACUCCCAACUCCCAGCAUGGCCAAUGGUCAGGGAUGAUGGCAAUUGUAGUCCGUCAACAUCUCUGAAGGGCCGCAGGUUAGCUACUCUGCAUAUGCAGCCCUGCCCAAGUCAUAUUUUGCCUCCAACGGGCCUGGCCUAAGUUAUUUUGCUUCCUGAGGGUGGAAAACACAAAUGGCACUCCUCCCGGUUCAGCUGCCAAUAUGGUGUUGUCGCCAGUGCUAGUCCCACUCAGAGUAAACCCACUUGAGUUACCGACUUGUCAUGCGGCCGUUCCAUUUACAAGGGCAGCGUCAAGGCAGGAUUGGGGCCAGCUCUCUCCGCUCAGUAGGCUGAGGAAGAGUUCCCUCAGCCAUGGCAGGGUUGGUUGCAGCCAGUGAAAUGAUACAUGUGACCAUCAAAAGAGGGGCUCACAUAAGUUCAUGAAGUGCAGAGUAUAAAAUUACCCGACUGUGCCGCUGCAGAGGAACCCUGUGGAAAGGGCAAGGUGGCUGCCCGUUUCCCACCAGUGUUCCUAUCCCUGCCACCAAGUUCCAGAUUCAAAGGCUGGGGAAGGGGGACCAACCCUCCCAGAAUCAGAAUUAUUGUGCAGAGUAAGCAACACACCGGACGCGGGUGGUGCUGUGGGUUAAACCACAGAGCCUAGGGCUUGCCGAUCAGAAGGUUGGCACUUUUAAUCCCUGCAACGGGGUGAGCUCCUGUUGCUCAGUCCCUGCUCCUGCCAGCCUAGCAGUUCGAAAGCAGUUCGAACCGCUAUAGCGGGAAGGUAAACGGCGUUUCCGUGCGCUGCUCUGGUUCGCCAGAAGCGGCUUAGUCAUGCUGGCCACAUGACUCAGAAGCUGUAUGCCAGCUCCCUCGGCCAGUAAAGCGAGAUGAGCGCCGCAACCCCAGAGUCGUCCGCGACUGGACCUAAUGGUCAGGGGUCCCUUUGCCUUUACCUUUAAGCAACACACCACAGGUUUCCUCAACUUGACACGACGGUCUACGCCUCCAUUUGUGUUUAGGUUCACACUAGCAAUUUCUCUAACCUGAAAAUUGCCCCUUUCACGUUUUGAUCAAUGGGCAUAUUUUACCUAAAAAAAUGAAGCGAGUUGCAAAGCAGUUUCCCCAGCAAGGUGUUUUCGGAAACUGAAGUUUUGUGGAGGUGCUGACCUCUUGUCCCCCUUGCAGAAUGCCCAGGUCUGUUGAGAAAGCUGUGCUUGUUCACCAGUUUUAAAGUUUGUAGUACUGACGCGUCUCCUGUUAAAAGGGCAUAACCAAAAAGUCGUCGUCCCCCACCAGAGUCUGAUGGGGUACAAUCCAUUCUACCGCCUCAUUCCAAUUUUGCUUUCCGUGGAUAGACUCCGUUCUAUUCCAUGGCUAUUCUAGGCAAACAUGAUUUGAGCUGCCAUUGCCAACAUUUCACAAGUUUUUGUGCUUAGUUCCAAGACAGCUCUGCCUAAUUGCUUUAAAAUAUAGCAACCAUAGACAUUUAGUACUAGUUUAUACAAUCAGCAGAACACGGUAGAAUGUUCUCCUGGACUUUUAACACUUCAGGCUCCAAGUAAGAGGUUCCAUGUCUUUAUUCAUGUCUAUCAUGAAUAAAAAUCCCUGCACCUUGAAAACUAGUAGAUCAGGGGAAUGAUUAGGUUAAACUCUUCUCCCUGACAUGCUAGUUUUCUAUAAGCCUAGAUAUGGGAUCCAUCCUUCAAAUAAGUACAGUCCAGCUCUACCUUUUCUGCAGAAUGUCUCAUUAGCUCUCCGGGAUCUUUCCAAGCCCUGUUACCAAUAUUCCUGCAUUGCAGGGGGUUGUACUAGACGACCCUUGGAGAUCCCCUUCCAACUCUUACCCUUUAUGAUUCUACGAUCCUUUGAAUUGGAACUGCUAGUGGUCAACCUAGAGCCCUAAGACAAAGGGGUAUAUUUCGUUGCAACAUUUAAGUCAAAUCUCCGACUUUUAUUUCAAUGGAUUUUGGAUUGGGCUGCGAGGGAGGUAAUAGAUUAGGUGGGUAGAUUAGAUAAAGAAGUAGAUCAGAGCGAUGUAGCGAGGGAUCGGAUAGUACGUGGAGCUGGGCAAUUUCUGUUGUAGAAGGCUUGGGGGGGGGUCUUUUCUCGCAUCCUGUAUAAAACAGUCCCACUGGAACAACUGAAGCAGACUGCUCUGUGCCCCUUUGUAAGACCCCACCGUACCCCUUCAUAAAGAGGCUGGUGGAAGCUGGUUGUGUGGAGCCAGGCCAAACAGCAGGAAUAACAAGACAGGAAAAAAUCUUGCCUGCAAAACCACCUUGAUAGUUUUCUGCAUAGGAUGACCUGAGCAUAGCUGCCAAGUUAUCCCUUUUUUAAAGGGAUUUUCCCUUAUGCUGAAUAGGCUUCCUCGCGAGAAAAGGGAAAACUUGGCAGCUAUGGACCUGAGACAGAGACAACACACCCCUCUCACAAAAAACAACAACCUUGGACUGCCUUGAAUAUCACUUGGGUGGUAGUGGUGCGUUUUGUUUCUUGCGUCAGCACAAUGAUUUCUGCACAAUGAUAACUGGAUGUUAUUAAGAACCUGUUUUGGUUAAUAUCUACGCCCUGCACCCCCAAUUUCUUCCUGCGUUGUACCACUUCCCACCUCUCUUUUGUUGUAACGUUACUACCUGUAUACACCAAACUGACCUCAUUUGACCGGAAUGCUGUCCGCUAUCCGAGGUUUUUCCUGGGGUAAAGAAACCCCAGCCAAGGUCUUGAAGAGUUGACUUUACAUGGUGCCCAAGUGAGGAAGCAAAAGGCCAGUUUUAAAUACUGUACUUGAUUUCAUCUUUUAGGGUUUGCAACAGGCCAGAAAAAUAAGCCAGCCUUGUUCACUCCUGUUCCUUUAAUGAAGGCUUAAUAAUCAGAACAGGUGAACAUAGGAGUCAGACCAUUGGUCCAUCUAGUUCAGUAUUGUCUGCACCGACUGGCAGCAGCUGUCCAGGUGUUUCAGACUGGGGUCUCCCAACCGUACUUGGAGAAGCCAGGGAUUGAAACUGGAAUCUGUAUGGCAAACAGACGCUCAGCCAUUGAGCUUUGGCCCUUUCCUGCGAAACCAGCCGCAUGAAGCUGUUCAUGGCAUGGAGUUGCAGCAUUGCUACCGCCUGAUCAUAGAGUUCGAGGUAACCACAGAGGUCAUCCAGUCCAAACCCCCCCCCCCGCUAAUGCGGGAAAUCCACUUCUGCAGCAUCGCUGGCAUCCUAACCAUUGCAGAUCAAGCAGCUGCUUAAGGGACAAUAAAAGGGGCUUGCAUCGAAAGCUGAUGCAAAAGUAUUCAUAAUUCCCAUCCUUUUAUUUCCAAGGAGAAAGCUCAGCACACUAAAGGGAGAUCUAAACCUGUCAUAUCUGCUAUUCCCAUAGCUGCCAAGUCUCCUGGUUCCCCCGGGAAAUCCCCGUUUUUCCUCAGUCACUUCUGAGCAUGCUCCGCCCAGUUCCAAAAUGGCGGCAGCGCUACUUCCGGUCUGCUAUUUCUGGCCCAGUCCCUUAUUUCUCUGACAGCAACUUGGCAGGUAUGGCUAUUCCAAAGAAGGGACAACCCUGCCUACUUGAAUGAGCACUGAAGAAAGGCCGUUCACUGUCCUGUACCUGUCUUCCUUAACUGGGACUUUGGAGUUGUGCAUUGUGAUUUCCUGUCCCUUUACUCUUUUGUUCUCGAGGCCUAAUGUUGAAGGGAGCACUUAGCAAUCGCUUAGCAACCACAGGCUAUAAUGCCUCCUCAACCACUUCCAGCUCAUUCCGAGUCCUUCCUCCCCCCUACAGCUAGUGUCUCCAAGAGCCCCGUCCAUCAUCUUGAAGAGAUGGACUAGCCUUUCGAAAGAUGUUAGAAAUAAUAACAGCUUUUCCCCCAGGAGGAGGGCACACCUUCCGUAUAGAGGUUGCUCACCGACGGCAGCAACUCUCGGCAAACUGAUUCAAUGAAACCAAGUGUGGGUUUAGCAAGAAUUUGGUGGUAGGCUGUCCCUGACCUUUUGUGCGUUUCUGAUCCAGCUGUGUCUGAAGUGAGCAGGAACUUGUACGUACGUAUUGUGAAUAAAAUAGACUAGGGGAAUAAAAGUGAAUAAACCUUGAUCUAUGUUCAGAGCUGUUUUUCCUCCCGAGUUUUCUCUGGAAAUAAGAAGGGUGGGCAAUGCCGUGGUUAAGUCUCCG